CCGAUGGGCUGAUUUCAGCCACAGCUGUUUCCCAAACAAAUAUCUGUCUCCAAUGGCAGUAGCUUGCUACAGAAUGAUGAGAGGUAAAAGCAAUUUGGUCAGUAGGAGACCCUUGCUCAGGAAAUUAUAGAUGCCAGGAGAAAGAAUUUAGGUCAGCAUUGCCUGAAACUGUGAUAUUUCGGUUGAGAGCAGAUACAAACACUUAGGAUGAGUGUCAUGGACAGCUUUUGAUGGAAGAACCACGGAUUGCAUGAGGAGGAUGUUUUGAUGGGGCUCCCCGAGGGAAGAAACACUGUCGGUAUGGUUCCAGGAAGCAAUAAGCACCUUCAUGAAAAUAACUCAAGUCCCCAUCCUUAAUCCCUGCCUAUCCUUUUUUAUCUGAUGGACUCAGUGAGGGCUGGAAGAUCACAGCGCGGCUGAAAACGAAAGGGAGUUAACAAGAUGUGACCAGCCGAUGGAUAAAACAAUAGGCGAAGCCCUCCACGUUGUCUAGUGCCCAGGUAUCCUUCCCAUGCACAGGUAGCCAUGUGGAUCGUGGGGAGUUUGCUCUGCUGCUUAACGCUCGGAGGGCUGCCAUGGGCGGGCGGCUCGUGCCCAACGCAGUGCAGCUGCGCCUUCCACAGCCUCAGCGAAGGGACCAAAGCCAGGACGGUGCUGUGUAAUGACCCGGAGAUGACCCUCACUCCUGUGAACAUCCCUGUAGAUACAUCUAAGCUUCGGAUAGAAAAGACAGCCAUCCGAAGGGUGCCAGGAGAGGCUUUCCAUGCACUACACAACCUGGAGUACCUCUGGUUGCCCUAUAACUCCCUGGCCAGCCUCAGCACAAUCACCUUCAAGGGCCUCCGUCGCUUGCAGGAGCUGAGGCUGGAUGGGAAUGACUUAAUAUCAUUCCCCUGGGAAACCCUGGCUGACAUGCCGCAGCUAAGACUUCUGGAUUUGCACAACAACGAACUUACCUCAAUUCCUCCAGAUGCUGCUCGUUAUGUCAAGAAUAUCACAUACCUCGACCUGUCAAGCAAUAAGCUGAUGACCCUUCCUCAGGCUCUUAUUGCCACCUGGGCCAACCUCCAGGCUGUUCCCUACUUCCCCAAUGACAACUCCAAGAUCAUCCUAGGUUUGCAAGACAAUCCUUGGGUAUGUGACUGCAGCCUGUAUGAAAUGGUCCAUUUCCUGAAUUUUCAGUCUCCUAACAUAGCGUUCAUUGAGCCCAGGCUGAAAUGCUUCACCCCCCGGAGCCUUGCAGGAGUCUUCUUCAGCCAAGUCGAGCUAAGGAAAUGUCAAAGCCCCGUUGUACAUACAUCCGUAGCCAAAGUAAAGACCAUCCUUGGCAGCACUGUGCUACUACGAUGUGGGACAACAGGAGUGCCCAUUCCUGAGCUCAGCUGGAGAAGGGCUGAUGGUGCUCAACUGAAUGGCACAGUUCACCAAGAGAUUUCCAGUGAUGGAAUGAGCUGGUCUAUUCUGGGCCUGCCUGUAGUUUCUUAUCUUGACUCUGGAGAGUACAUCUGUAAGGCCAAGAAUUUUCUGGGAGCAACAGAAGCAUUCAUAUCUCUCAUCAUCACAGACUCAGAAAGCACAGAUGAUCCCAAUACUAAUGUCAAAGGAUCAUGGAACGGAAAGGCAAGUGGGAUGGAAGCAGCUGCCUACAAUGACAAGCUAGUAGCAAGGUAUGUUAUCACCACCUCCACUGUGCCUACCCUGGGGGCUGGAGUGGGCACCGGAGAGGACCUCCUCCUCCCAGAUGUGGCACAAGAUGGUAACCCGAGAAACCUGCUGGUGAGCCCACCUACUGGACAGCAAGAGCCAGAGCGAAUUGUGAGGUCUGUCAGAGUGAUAGGGGACACUGACCAGAGUAUCACCCUGGCCUGGAAGGCGCCUCUGGCAAAGAACACAACAGUGUUCAGUGUCCUCUAUGCCAUCUUUGGAGAGAGAGACAUGCGUCGGAUCAACGUGGAGCCAGGGAAGACCAAAGUCACCGUUUAUGGGCUGCUGCCAAAGACCAAAUACAUCGUGUGUGUCUGUGUGAAAGGACUGAUCCCCCGGAAGGAACAAUGCAUCAUAUUUUCGACAGAUGAAGUUGCCAGUGCAGGAGGGACCCAGAAGCUCAUCAACGUGGUUGUCAUCAGUGUGGCCUGUGUCAUUGCGGUUCCUCUGACUCUGGUGGUCUGCUGCGGAGCACUGAAAAGGCGCUGCAAAAAAUGCUUUGUGCGGAAACCCAAGGAAAUUCAGGAAUCCUAUGUCACCUUUGAAAGCCUGUCUCCUGGGGCCAAGGUGAAAGGCGUGGAAGGAGAAUACUUGACUAGACAUACUCCUGAUGAGUCAAACAGGUUGUUGUCUGCCCGAUCCAGCGUGGACUCAGAAGCAAUACCAAAGAUAGAGGGACAACCUAAUGAAUACUUUUGCUGACAGUAACUAGGCUCAUUAUCGGCUUGACUAGGUGGAAAGCACGUGGCUGUAUAUAUGACUUUCUGCUCCAGCACUGCAGGCCACCCUGUCAAUGCCUCUGUCUCUGACCUGUUCUGGAGGAGAAUGCAAGAGGUUGCCCAGGCUUUACAGAAACAUGUUGCUCAUCCCGCUUGGGGUUUGCUGUUUUAUACCCAGUCAGAAGCUUCUGUGAUUGUGGUCCUCGUUCUCCUGGACCGCUUUUACUUUUGUGAAAUGAAGUAUGCACACUGAGUGUGAGGACAUUAAGCAAUAUUUCUGAGAGCACUCUACUUGGUAUUGUUUAGUACCUGCUCUGCAAUAUGCUAAGUAUUUUAUUCUCAGGUCUUUUGAUGUUCUUUUUGUUGACAAACAGAGGAGUCUUUAGUAAUUUUAAUAUAAAUACCUAUGAAGGUGAAGAUUGAGAUACUCACCUUUUACUUACCCCAUGUUUGCAUGAAACAUCAGCUUGAUUGUUAAUACAUUACUAAACAAAGAUAUACUGUACCAACCAUUUCUAGUGUGUCCAACAUAACAGCUCUCUGCUCUAAGUUCAGAGAAAUGUGAAAAGGAGAUAUAUAUCAAGAGGCAAAACCCAGCCCACUCCUAAGAAGGUAUAAUAGAGUGUUUUGUGAUUGCAUUUUGAGCCUAAACACUAUUCUUAAGGAUUUCUCAAGACACAGUACUGCGCAGGUCUUUCAGUAUCAGCCCUAGCUGGCAUUUUCUAGCUGUAUUGUAAUUAGUAGAGUAUGUUUUAUAUCAGCUGUGCUAGUUAAAAUCAUACCAUAUCUGAAUCUGCAAACUGUAUGGUGGUGUAAUGCUUUGUAAUCGUACUGAAAAACCUACAUUAGAGAGUUCUGCAUGGAUCUCCCAGACUGACCCUGCUGACUCUCCUGACAGAACUGUUGGUGAGGGCUCAGCCAGGCACUUGUGGUUUGAAAAUACCUUGCUCCAUGCAGAGCAGGGGCACGUGAUGUGGUGGUAGACCUCUGGCCAGGCACACAUCAGCUGUACUUCCACCAUGGCAUAAGUGGUGGCAGAAGCUCAGGGUGGACUUUCAGGUUUCAACCAUUUUACAGCUUCAAGAACUCUGAAAAAAACCUCUCAUGUUCAUCUCGAUAUACUUUCAUAGCCAUGAUGAGCUAAAUCCUGCAGUUCCACUGGAUUGGAGUGCUUAUCACAAAGCACUUCCCAGCUGUAUAAUUUUCCACUCCGGUCCCUCAUGUAGUAAAACUAUAUAAUAUUUUUCUCUUUGUAAUAAACACUCUUCAUGAAGAAAAUUAUGUAUGUUCUGCCAAGUCUUGAUUGAGAGGGAUCCAGACGAGUUGAAAUGGUAAUGGAUAAAGCUUGCUGAAUUGUUUUGUAAUGUAUAUUUAUAAACUUAAUGAAAGGAUCUCCACUCACAUUCUGGAUGUGUAUGUUCAGCGUGGGGUUAACAGAAUUUACUGGCUGGAAUGGACCCUUCUAUUGAUUUUGCAAGUCCUCCUUGUACAGAAAGGUUUCAGUCACGUCAGAUUACUUGUCCUGAUGGAAAAAGCAAGCGAUUUCAUCUCACUAUAAAUACCAGCGACUGAGUUUACACUAAGAUAUUUUUCCUCUAGGAUUCAUUGUAUUCCUUUCAUUAAUGAUGAAGAACUUCUUUUGUAUUGGGAGAAUUUGUUGAUCCCUGUAUAAAAUAAUGCUUGCUACUUCUAUUAUGGGACUGCACAGAUUUUUAGGUUUACAAAUGACAUUUUGCAAAAUUAUUUAUUUUAAUACAACAAAUUAAUUGAUAAAAUAUGUAGUGUGAAAUAGAGCUAUUAUUUAUACAGUUGCAUUUCCCACAAUGACUUAUAUUCUCUUUCCAAGGUAGAACAAAAAUAUUCUUCUGCUUAAUAGCAGUUUUUGGGAUGAGUUGCCCGAUUCCUGCCCACGUCUGUGGUGGUAUCACUAGGGUGUGCGGAAACCAGCCUGACAAUCCAACCCUGGAUGGAUAAGCUAGACCUGACGAAUCAAGGCUGUCCUAAAGCUCUCCUGAGGUGAACAGAGUAGACCAACUAGUGAAGGACUUUCCUGUAAGCCGGUUUCCAGGAGCUGACUGGGAAUGUGAAACGCUUACCUUUCAGCUGCCUGGUGGCACAAGCUGGGUAAUUUUCUGCACCCAUCCCUGGUAAGGAGCAGCUCUCACCUGCUCUGUCAGUGGAUGCUCUGACACACGGUCUGUGAACUGGCAGUGGAAGAGGCACUGGCUGGGCCAGCACUGCUGCUCUUUUCUUGGAUGGAAAGGUCAUCCCGUGACAUUCCCUGUGGCUGUGUUAAGUUUUAAAGACUAUUUGAUAUUUUUCGCACUUUGAGUAAAUAGCAAUCCCAAGUAUAACAAACAUGAUUUUUCUUUCCUAUUUCCUCUGGCUAUUCUCACUGUCUUUUAGGUGAAACCACCCAGUCCAGCAUCUCAACCGCUGCUGCUCCAAACCGAGCCUCUCUGUACUGCAUUGGUGGUACACACAAAAUAGGCAAUGGAUAGAAAGUCAUGUAAGCUCUGUGUCACCUAGUGUCGAUUGGAAGAGGAACUCUAUGCUUGCUAAACUGUGGGUGACGUUUGAAACCAAUAAGUAAGCUGUUUUUCUGCUGACUGUGACUUUCAUGGCUCUGGGUCAGAUUUUUUGUGGUAUGAAGCAUGUGAAGGGGCAGAUAAACACCUCACUGGUGGAAUUUCGUUGUUUUAACUGAAGGGGUGGUAGGCACCUGGUUUCAGCAGGGUUGGCUAAGGGCAAACUUUCUCCUCUGGUCAUAAGAUGUGAAUGGAGCAGGCUCGGAGCUCAGGUGAGGAGAAUAUUUGUAGUUGGACAGACAUGCUGUAAGAAAUGAAACAAAUGCCUGAAUAUCUUACAGAAUUUCUGCAUUUAUAGCAUUUUUGACACUUUUUCCCCCCUUUUUUUUGUUUUUCUUUUCCUUGGAAAAUGUUUCCUCUGUUACUAAUCUUUGUGUCUUGUUGUGACAGAUUUGUUCCUUUCUUGGGGUCUAUUUCAAAUAUUUUGGCCCUGUCAAGCAAUAUAUUAUGGAAUGUCUUAGAGAACAACUUUUCCAACAUUUAUUCUUAAACCAUUUCAAAGUUUCUUCUCAGGCGAAUGUUGGACCACUUCAGGAAUACUUAGGAGUAAAGUAAGUGUCCACCUGUGUUAUGCAGGAGGGUUUGCACUGCCUGACUGGGCUAAGCGUUCCGGAGAUCAGUACGAGCUGCUCCAUAAUGGGCACUUUGUGUUAUAUAUAAUAAGACAAGCUCCUCCUUCCACAGCAUCUUUUUAUACUUUAGAAAUCAGAAUAGUGUAAAAUUGAAAAAUUAAGUGUAAGGUUUUAAAAAAACAGUUAAUUGUGUUUUAAAAAAUAAUCCAAAUAGCUCUGAACUGCAUUGGAAAGUUGUUAUUAUCUCAUUUUCUUAGAAGGAUCUGGAGAAACGUAGCUAUCAAAAUGAGGGGACUGAGCUGAAUAUAAAUGAAAUAAAUGUGUCCAAAGUGAUUAAAAUAGAGUACUGCAAGCAAUUGAAGUGCAAGAAAAGUAUAAAAACCCCAACAUAUUGAGGCUUUGAAAUAUGUUCUUCCAGCCAUCUUAAAAAGGUGGCCGGAUCAUCUGGUGAGUAGAUCUAGACAAAGGCUAAUACAGAUUCUUUAUUAUAAAGUCUCUGCAAAUAUUUUGAUGCCACAUAUAUGUAAAAAUUUCACAAAAGUGAAAUAUGUUCAGGCUGACAAAACCAAUCUGAUUUACAUUUGCACAUUUAAUGUGUUGGAAGGCUAUAAUUGCAUUGUGCGGUCACUUUCACAUUUAUUUCUGUAUGCCCAGAAAGAAUAGACUGGAAGGUCCUUAAAUGUCUAAAAAAUGCAGGACUCAAAAUGUACAUGUCUAUAUAUAUAAAUUUGUGAAAAAUAAUGAAGAAGAACCCAAAAAUGUCAAGAAAGACAAAGAUAUUUUUCAAGGUAUUUAAAAAAAUGAAUGGACAUUUGAAAGUAUUCCAAUGGUAAAAUAAAAUCUAAACGUUAAAAAACUCCUGAAGAAGCUAACACCAAAGUCCCUCAAUGUCAGAGUGUUCUGGGAAUGUCUGAAAAGUUUCAGGAUGUAUUUAAUCAAUAGUCAGUGUUUUGGUACUGUGCCCGAGUGGGAGCUUCACCAGCACUGAAGUCCUUGAAUAGAAGACACAAAUUGUUGCCCAAAAGAGAGCAAAAGAAUUACCCCCUAUUUUACUUUCCUGCUAAUCAAAAUUAAAAAAAGAAUUUGGCAAUUGCCACGAAAGGUUCAAACUGCUGAUAAAUAAGCAUGUACACCCCUGAGAGCAGGACCAGGAGCUUCUGGGAAGCAGCAGGGAGCCUUGGGAUGGUGCUCAUGUUGCCUGGUGACUGCUGGAGGUGAUGUGGGGAUGCUGCAGUCACACCCCAGGGGAGUGCGUUGGCCUUUGGCUUCUGGUUUCAGUGUGGGAGAUGGACUCUGCUCCUGCCCUAAGGUGCCCCGAGCAAGAGGUGAAGCCUUUCUUCUGAAGGGUGAAAGAGGGUGGGUAGCACCCAUUUGCCAGCAAUUUGUGGGACUUGCUGUGGUGCAGAUGAGCUGUGGUGCCAUGGAUUUUGGGUUACUCAAAAAAAACCUGAGGAAAGACAUGCAAAUCUUUACAACUGCUGUUCUUAUUGAAGGCUUGUGAAGGAAAAGUCUAUUUACCUCUUUCUCACAUCACCCUUCUCUUUUCAAGCCUGUACCUUUUGGUUAUACAUGCGUCAUAUCUGAAAUACACAAUAGAAGCCUUCACCUCAUAUGUCUUCCCCAGCAUUUCUAAUGCUGGCAGAGGGACUGUAAUUGUAAAGCACCAUCCUGGACUGGAGUUCUUACAGACCUGUGCAUGCCUGCUAUUUCAAGAUGGAAUUUGACUCCCUUGCCGUUGCUGGGAGCAUGCAGUUGGCGUCCUUUUGGCAUUUACUUUGGCAAUAAGCGCAGUCUCUUGAAUUCCACUUCCUGUAGAUUACCAGACUAUGCCUCUAUGGAGAUUUAUUUUGACAGCUUGGGUUUUUAAACAGCUUUUUCUGCAUUUUGGCUUUGGCCAGGAUGCCACUUGACAUUAAAGAGCAGCUGAACUGAGUGGACAUCUGCUGUCACAAAAGUGACCAUUAAAUUUAUAGGCAGGCAUAAACUGGGCUGAAUUAAAAAGGAAACAAAAUCCUAUUCCAAUAGGGAACAUCAACAUAACGGAUGAAGCUAACGCUGUUUAUAGGAUUUCCCCCCCCUUUACUUACUUUUUCUUUCUUUUCUGUUCCCUCCUCUAUCUUCCUUUAACAGUGAGUAGACUCUCUACCCACUAAUUCAUCUGAUUUUGGUCUGUAGUUCACCAGGUUAACACUGGACUUUUUGAGUAUAGCUGGGGAUUGGGAAUUCUUAGAGAAAUGACCUCUCAAGCAGCAAAUAAAUAUCAGCCUGAAAACAGCUGGAUGUUGGCCCAUGGUGCUAACAGUCACCAAUCUUUAAAAAGCCUUUUUCUGGCUUUGUAGAUGAUUGGUGGGACUUGGAGAAGAGCUCAUGAAGCAGAAAGAAAGCAUCCAAAAUUCUUCUUGUUUUGGUUAGUCAACUCAUAUAAAUUAAAGUAUUUUUAAUGGAGAACACUGGGUGCAAUUUUAUUUGCUGCAUCCCAGGAUGGUGGGCAUUCUUAUGCAGCUGUACUCUACCCCAAAAUAUACGUGGAGGGGAAACUGCCAAGUUUUUACUCUGUAUUUAAACUUGUUAAUAAAAAAUGCUUUUCAGGAAAAAUUUUUUUGAAGACACCUUCCAUGUACCUGAAGACCCUCCCUGCAAGCAAUGGAGGAGGGAUGUGAAGGUGGUAAAGGAGGUUUAUGUGAGGCUGGGUCUUAGAAGCAGUGAAUCCUUCCUGCUGACCUGCCUGAUGCUGGAGACCACUGUCCCUGAUCCGGUCACCUUGCUGGUGGCAUGAGUGCAGCUCUCAAAGUGGAUAGUUUUCUAGUUUCCCUCAUGAACCUCAUGCACUGAUGGGUACCUCGAUCGCUUUGUGAAUACCUGGCCAGCAUGACAGGACAAGACAAUGACCUGGGUGAACUCCAGCCUUUUCUCCCAUCAUAGGAGAAUCCCACAAGCCAAUCAUUCUCCAAGGCACUAACAUUCUCAAAAGAUCCACAAGACUAUUCUGUUAGGUGGGAAUUUUCUAUUCUAAUUCUCUGGAUGCUCUGAGGGAUGUUUGGAUGGAUUUUCCUCAGUGGUGCAGACAUGCAGAGCAAACUCCUGAGGAGCAAAACAGAAAAUUCCUCUAUCACCUCUAACGCUGAGCAACAUCAAAAUAUUUGGUUUCAUCUGCUGAAAACUUUUCUUUCCCAUUCCCUGCAGCACACACAAGGGCAAACCCCAGGUUUUCUCUGGACUCCCAGGUAUGUUCUAACUGUGUCAUAAGUUGUUUACUGCUGUUACUACGAAGUAACACUAUCAGAUUUAUGAAGAAGUGUAAAAUUAUGAAAUUAUUAUAAGAUAAUAAUUUGACUGUUUUAUUAGGGAAUCUUUCCAUGGCAGACUACAGAACAGGACCAAAGGAACUGGUGAGUGUGGCAUUUGUCUCCUCAGAAGCCAGCGCUGGUGCAGGGUGGGCGCGGAGUCCUUGAGACCCUCUGCUUGUACAUCGGAGGCAACCAAAAUGCAUUGCAACAGUCCCCAACAGUUCAUUUUGCUGAUUCGCCUUGAAACCAAAGUGCCCAUUGAUUUAAAAGCUAUGGAAUCAAUCCUACGCAUAUGCCCUGACAGCCAUGUAUAGAUCUAAGCUGUCACACUAUAAAUAUCUUUCUAUCCUGGUCCCAUAGGUUAGAGGUUAAGUAGGUCCAGGCUAAUCUUGAUUUGUGACCCAGCUUCACAUGGACUGAUGGUGAGAUUAAGCCCUUUCCUGGGAGCACGCUGCCUUUUGUGGGCUGUAAUGAAGCCCUUACACACUAGAUGGCCCCAGGAGAACACAGUGCUGCUUGGAAAGCAUAACCGAAACCUGCUGGUUUGGAUUAAAAAAAAUUGAUAUCUGGUAACUACCAAUCCCUUCUCAUAGAAUUUUUUAGAUUGGAUUUUUCGAGGUGACUGAGGGGCAAUCAGCACAUGUCUUCUAGGGGAAGCCACAGAACUUAAAAUAGCACUGAAAUUUUAUUUUUAUACAGUAGAGAUUAACUUCAAAGAUACUCUUUUCUCGCAGUCUACAGACUGGCAACAUCUAUGUCCUUUCCAUUACUAGCAUGCAAGAAUGGAGCAUGGGGGGGAAAAGUUAUUUUAGAAGAAAUACAUUGCCAUACUUGUUAAGUUUCCAUGAUAGAGCAACUAAGUUUGGGGAGUAGGCUCCUCCUGCAUCAUACACCAUAGUACGUGCUGUGCCCAGGAUUUGGGGCUUGAAGGACUGUGCAAGAUGGCACUGUGAAGCAUUGCCCUACU